CAAAUAUGUACUCGUUUACUUACCGUCGUCAAGAUGGUCAAAUUAAUCCUCAUUCUCGUAAAUGCAUUCCUUUUCGUGGUUUUGCCAGUAACUUGUGACGAAGCCCUUGAUCGAACAACUUUAAGUGAAUCUUCAGGCUCAGUCUUCAAUGAUGGCAGCUUCGAAUUUAAUAUCCAAAACGCGGGUAUUUCAAUUCAUGUUCGGGGAGCCAUAAAGGAAAUUGAAGGACUGAAAACGUUAGUAAUCGAUGGAUCCUAUAAGAACACGGACACGAAAUAUUCGACGAAAUUUUCGGGAAGCAGAAAAGAUGGAUUCGUAUUAACACCUUUUGGUCUCUCACCAAAUCUUGUGGCAGCAUUAGCUGGAUAAAAUAUUUUUCAAGUUCAAUUACGGAAAAAUUGUAGAAACGACGUUGUGAGAAGGUUGUGUUUGAAAUAAAGUUUUAUUUGAACUGUU